UCAGAAACAGGAGGCUGCCUGUGCUGCUGGCUACGGGGCGCCGCUCUGGACUCCGACCGGACUCUUCUCACAGAUAUCACCUCCAAGUACUGGCUCCAUGUGUUGGUCCAUUCUGGAUCAAUUGUCUGCGUGAUUCGGUGGAGAGAUGUUGCCUCAACACCUCAGGCAGAUCCGAGUCCUGAUGCUCAACGAGAAAGAGAACCUUGAGAGGACUUUAUUCAGACUCGACCAAGGCUUUGAGCUCCAGUUCCGCCUUGGUCCAAGUCUGCAGGGAAGGAAGGUCACUGUCUACACGAACUACCCACCUGAGGGACAGCCGUUCAAACGAGAGGCUUUCCGCUGUCUGGAAUGGACUCACACGACAGGAAGUGAGGAUGACUCGGACAAAUUCUGCUCCCUGAAUCUCAAAGUAGCCGGAUCUUACCAGUACUACUUUGCGUCAGGCAAAGAUACCAAGAGGUCCGGCAGUGGAUAUAUUGUUGUGGAUCCACUCCUGCGCGUCGGAGCAGACAACCACGUCCUUCCUUUAGACUGCAUCACCAUCCAAACCUACCUGUCCAAAUGUCUGGGACAUCUAGACGACUGGCCCGACCGCCUGAGGGUAGCCAAGGAGUCAGGCUACAACAUGAUCCACUUCACGCCGCUGCAGACCCUGGGAGAGUCGCGGUCCUGCUACUCCCUGGCAGAUCAGCUGUCUUUCAGCCCGGAGUUCAGUCCUGCUGGACGUAACUACGACUGGGAGGACGUGGGCGCACUGGUGACCAAGCUGAGGACAGAGUGGGACAUGCUGUGCAUCACUGAUGUGGUGUACAACCACACAGCUGCAAACAGUGUUUGGAUCAAGGAGCAUCCCGAGUGCGGCUACAACAUGGUCAACUCUCCUCACCUGCGUCCGGCCUGGGUGCUGGACCGAGCUAUCUGGCAUUUGACCACAGGAAUAGCAGAUGGACUCUACACAGACCGCGGACUCCCUGCUGAUAUCAGUAAUGAAAGCCACCUGAAUGCUAUUCGGGGCGUUUUGUGGCAGGAUGUGUUUCCUCAACUCAAACUGUGGGAGUUCUUCCAAGUCCUAGUGGACAGUGCUGUGGACCAGUUCAGAACCCUCCUCCAAUCCGGAACUAAACCAGACCAUAAGAAGACUGGAGGGAAAAAGGGGCUGAAGAUAAUCCAGGACCAGAACUACCGGCGUUAUGGCAACAUGGUGGACAUGGACUCUGCUCUGGAGACAUUUGUCCCACACAGCUCCUCCUCACAUCACAUAGAGGACUGCUGCGGUUGGCUGAGGCAGAAACUGAACGAGCUGAACAAGGAGCAACACCACAUCGUCCAUCAGCAUCAGGAGCAGGCAGUCAACUGCAUCAUAGGGAAUGUUGUGUACGAGAGGCUGGCGGAACAUGGCCCCAAGCUGGGUCCUGUUAGCAGGAAAAACCCCCUGGUUACCAGGUACUUCACCUUCCCUUACAAGGACAUGACUCUGGAGCAGGAGAUGCUGCUCCUGAAUGACCCAGAUAAAAUGUGUAAUUUCCUAGCACACAAUGGGUGGGUGAUGGGGGACGAUCCGCUGCGCAACUUUGCAGAACCAGGGUCAAAUGUCUACCUGCGCCGCGAGCUGAUAUGUUGGGGCGACAGUGUUAAGCUUCGCUAUGGUAAAGGACCAGAGGACUGCCCGUACCUGUGGGCUCACAUGCAGAAGUACACUGAAAUCACAGCUAAAUACUUCCACGGAGUCCGUCUGGACAACUGCCACUCCACACCGCUGCACGUUGCUGAGUUUUUGCUGGAUGUGGCCAGGAAAGUGUGUCCUAACCUGUAUGUGGUGGCUGAGCUGUUCACCGGCAGUGAAGAGCUGGACAAUGUCUUCGUAACCAGGCUAGGAAUCUCAUCGCUGAUACGAGAGGCCAUGUCUGCCGGGGACAGCCACGAGGAGGGCAGACUGGUCUAUCGUUACGGCGGCGAGCCGGUGGGAGCCUUCGUUCAGCCCAGUCUGCGCCCUCUCAUGCCCUCCAUCGCUCACGCCAUGUUCCUGGACGUGACGCAUGACAACGAGUGUCCGAUACAGCUACGGUCAUCUCUAGACUCUCUGCCCAGCUCUGCUAUUGUGUCGAUGGCCUGCUGUGCGACCGGAUCCACCAGGGGAUACGAUGAAAUGGUCCCUCAUCAGAUCUCUGUAGUGAAGGAGGAACGUUUUUACCCCAAGUGGAACCCCACUGCAUCCCCGUCCUCACCUGGUGAGGUUGGUUUCCAGACUGGUAUCAUCGCUGGGAAGCUGGCUCUCAACAAGCUGCACCAGGAGCUGGCAGCACAAGGAUUCAUACAGGUGUAUGUAGACCAGGUUGAUUCCGACAUCGUCGCUGUGACCCGUCACUGUCCAUCGACUCACCAGUCAGUGGUGUCGGUGUGUAGAACAGCCUUCUGGAACCCCAAAACCCACCAGUACAACAACAGUGUCCCCCCCAUGUUUAUACCAGGGAAGAUUGAGGAAGUGGUGUUGGAAGCCAGGACGGUGGAGAGGAGCGCCGGAGGUUAUAAGAAAGAUGACAAGUACAUCAACGGCCUGCCAGACUACACUGUGGAAAUAAAGGAGCACAUACCAUUGCAGGAAAGCACGGUGGUGAAGCAAGCUGGAGUGACAUCUAAAGGCCGCUCUGAGUUUGUGCAGGAAAUCACCUUCCAGAAGUUGACACCAGGAAGUGUUAUCGCGUUCAGGGUCAGUUUAGAUCCCACGGCUCAGAAGUUGGUCGGUGUUCUGAGGCAUUACCUGUCCCAGUUCAGUCCAAAAUACAAAAAAGGAAGCGUGGCUGACGACAAUCCACCCGAGGCUCUGCUGAAACCACUGGCUCAGUUGAUGUCUAAACUGACACUGGCCGACAUGAACAUCCUGCUGUUUCGCUGCAACUCUGAGGAGAAGGAGGACGGCGGAGGCUGCUACGACAUCCCUGGGUGGGAGAGCUUCAAGUACGCUGGACUGCAAGGGUUGAUGUCGGUGCUGGCUGAUAUCCGCCCCAACAACGACCUGGGUCACCCCGUGUGUUCCAACCUCAGACAGGGCGACUGGCUGAUCGACUUUGUCUCCAACAGACUGGUGCACAGAGAGGGACCACUGGCAGAGGUGGGACAGUGGUUGAAGGCCAUGUUCGACUACCUGAAACACAUCCCGCGCUACCUCAUCCCCUCAUACUUUGAUGCCAUCAUGGUGGCUACGUACACCACCGCUCUGGACGCAACUUUCAAGCUCAUGUCCAGCUUUGUGCAGAAUGGCUCCAGCUUUGUCCGUCACCUUGCGCUGGGCUCUCUCCAGAUGUGUGGAGUGGGCCGCUUCUCUGCCCUCCCUCCUCUCUCUGCCGCUUUGAACGAUGUUCCGUACCGGCUCAACCCCAUCACCGGUCAGAAGGAGCAGUGCUGCGUCUCCUUAGCCGCAGGUCUCCCGCAUUUCUCCUCCGGGAUCUUCCGCUGCUGGGGAAGAGACACUUUUAUUGCUCUGAGAGGACUCAUGCUGCUCACUGGGCGACACACGGAGGCCCGCAACAUCAUCCUGGCCUUUGCUGGAACCUUGCGUCACGGUUUGAUCCCAAACCUCCUGGGUGAGGGUCGCUGCGCCAGAUACAACUGCCGUGACGCUGUGUGGUGGUGGCUGCAGUGCAUCCAGGACUACGCCACCCACGUGCCUCAGGGUGAGGACAUCCUCCGCUGCCCGGUCACACGCAUGUACCCCAGUGACAACUGCGAGCCGGCCAAACCUGGAGAGGUGGAGCAACCCCUCUAUGACGUGAUCCAAGAGGCUCUGCAGCGCCACCUGGAGGGGAUCGCCUUCAGAGAGCGGAACGCUGGACCCAAGAUCGACAUGAACAUGAGAGAUGAAGGGUUCAACGUGGCCACUAAGGUGGAUCCAGAGACUGGCUUUGUCAGCGGAGGAAACCGCUUCAACUGUGGCACAUGGAUGGAUAAGAUGGGGGAGAGCGAGAGAGCCAGGAACAAAGGCAUGCCAGCUACGCCCAGGGAUGGCGCUGCAGUAGAAAUCGUGGGUCUGAGUAAGUCUGCUGUUCGUUGGGUGGUGCAGCUGCACGCCAAAGGACUCUUCCCUUACGACGGUGCUAAAGUCAGCAGAAAUGGUUCCGAGGUGUUCAUCUCCUACUCCCAAUGGAACCAUCAGCUCCAGCAGUCCUUUGAGCCUGGCUUCUGGGUGUCGGGGGAGCCGGGGGACCCCCACGAGAAACACCCUGAGCUGGUUCACAAGAAGGGCAUUUACAAGGACAGCUACGGAGCAUCCAGCCCCUGGUGCGACUAUCAGCUGCGGCCCAACUUCACCAUCGCCAUGGUGGUGGCCCCGGAGCUCUUCACUGUAGAGAGAGCGUGGAAGGCUCUGGAAAUGGCAGAGAAGAAACUACUGGGACCACUGGGGAUGAAAACGCUCGACCCCGAUGACAUGGUGUACUGCGGUGUGUACGACAACGCUCUGGAUAACGACAACUACAACCUGGCAAAGGGAUUCAACUACCACCAAGGACCGGAGUGGCUGUGGCCGGUGGGUUACUUCCUGCGAGCGAAGCUGUUCUUCGCUAAGAAGUUGGGGGAUGAAACAUUGGCCCAGACGGUGACUCUGGUGAAGAAUGUGCUGUCGAGACACUACACACAUCUGGAGAGGUCUCCGUGGCGAGGUCUUCCGGAGCUGACCAACGAGAACGGUCAGUUCUGUCCAUUCAGCUGCGAGACGCAGGCGUGGUCCCUGGCCACCGUGCUGGAGGUCCUGCACGACCUGUAGGCGAGGGCGUCUUGUCCAUGUCGCGCUGCUUGCACGCCCUGUGCUGCAUAGGAAACAGAACAAGCAUGUCUGGAUCGUAGGUCAUGAUGAGUCAAGGAGUCUAGUGACGGAGUGAAUCUUCAUUUACUUGACACAAUUUCUUCACAUUUCAGUGCAAUCAUUUCAGAUUUUACAUCAGUAGUUUUAUAAGAUAAAUAUAGUUUGAAUAUUUUAUUCUGGAUUCUUUUAACUGCCCGGAGAUAUGACCAUUGCAGGAGUGUGAGAUGGUUGGUGCUAUAAUAGUUCACGCCGUAGCAGCCAUCACCGUCACCCUUCCACUUGCUAACAUAACACUGUCUAUUCAUAAGCGACUGUCAUUACUGCCAAUGGUUCUGGUGCUCAAUUGAAGCUCGAUAAAGCUGUUUCCUUCUUAAGACAUCUCAAUUAUGGGGACUCUGGCGUCUGUGGUAGCUUAGCUGACUUACCUCUCAUUGUUUAACACGUUCACUUGUGAUAUGCUGAGGUCAGCAGUAUGUGUCCACCUAUGCAGCAGUGUUGUGAUUUGUCUCUGAGCAUGUGCUUCUGACCCUUGCUGAGUCUUCUUUGUGGCCAUGUGACGCAGCAGCUUCAAUAAGUCCGGAUCUCUACGCUGGUACUGCUGCGGUGUUGUCCUGCUGACGGUUCUGCCAUGGUUUGAUCUCUCGCCCUGCUGACUAGUUUUUAGUAUUUAGUUAAUUUGAUUUUAAAAUUUAGUUAAUUUGAUUUUAACAUGCAACCGUUCGCGAAACCGGGAUUUCAUGUUGCACCUUUGCACACUCACGUUGUCUGUAACAGCAGAGCAAAGCUCAAUAAAAGAGACGCUGGUAUCACCUCCUGUCUUUCUCAUGCACCCACACUGCCACUAUAACCAACUCCAGCUUGUCUGCUAACAUGUCCACCUAAAGACACACAAACAUAAGAGAGACAGCAAGGUGUCAAUACAAAAGUUUUAUGGCAUCAUCUACAACAAUAACAUUCACAUUUGUAUAAAAUCUGAAGGGAAUAACAUU